AUCAAAAACAGAUUCUUCUUAUACAAAGCUCUUCACUUUCUCUUCAUUUACGGCUGUUGCUGCUCUGUCUCUCUGUCUCUCAUGCUCUUUCAACACCUAUAAAAGCCCCUUUGCUCCAUUACACCCACUCUCCUUCAUAUCUCUCUCGCCCGCGCUUAUUACACAGCUCAACACAGAAACAAAGAAAUGUAUGCUGACAAUGGGCUAUUUUUUCCCUACUACCAUAACUUGCCUCAAGAAGCACAACUGUUUGAAGAGUUCAGUUGCUCUCAGAGACCCAAUGCUUCUAUGAUGACAUCUGCUGUAUCUGAAUAUGACCUUGGAGGAGAAGGGGACCUCUUCAAGGCUCCUGAGCCCAUUAUUGAGGAACCAUUUGUGGAUCUUGAUCCAAUGGCUGCUGCCAUGCCAAUGAUUUCUUGUUCUGAAGAUGUCAUCUCGUCCCAAGUGCUAAAGGUUUCGGAUAUUGAAUCAUCGUUCGAGAAGGAACAACUCCUUAGUGAUGUUUUCUAUGGAUGCGAAAGCGAUCUUUUGUCAAAAGGAGUAGAAACACCUCCUUCUUCUGAUGCCCUGGAUGCCAAGAUUCCGAUUACCAAGAUUAGCGAAGAAAUGGCAGCAGAGAAAAAUUUUGUGUCUCAGGGAUCGUUUCAGAAAAGCGUUAGCUCAGAGUCUCUAAGCUCCAUGGAGUUGGUGCAAGGGGCUGGGGCUCCACUGAGGCCUAAUUUUCUCGAUUUUUCUGGAAUGGACUUUAGUGCUGCUUAUGGGAUGAGAAGAUCAUUCAGCGAAGGGGACAUAAAGACUCUUGGACAUGGCAGUGUAAGCCUCACACAACAGAUUAUCGGUAGUUCCAUAUCUGAGGAUCGGAAGGAGAAGCUUUCGAGAUACAGAAACAAGAGGACUAAGAGGAAUUUCGGCAGGAAGAUCAAGUAUGCUUGCAGGAAGGCGUUGGCCGACAGCCAACCGAGGAUCCGAGGAAGAUUCGCUAAAACCGAAGAAAUAGAUGCAUCCAAGAAGCACUUGCAGCUGGUUAACUCUCUAUUAGCAAGAAGAAUGUAGAAAGGCAAUAGUUUAGGCAGGAUAUAUCUAUAUCUAUAUAUAUAUGUGGUCAAUAAUCUCCAAGUUUGUUCUUAGUGUUGCAAUAAUCUGCAUUGUGGAUCAGUAAGUACACCAACUAGAGCUGUAUAUAUAGUGUUUGUUGAAUAAAAAUAAUAUGCUGUUUCUUUUUUGAAAAA